CCCUGCGAGGUUUCUCUUCCUGAAGAAAUUAGUUGUAUUCUUCGUUUUAUUCGAAAUUUUUAAGGAUCCAGCUAUGUUUCAGUCAAUUAAGGAUCGAAAGAAGGACCAAAAGGAUAAACCAAAGGUUUUGCAGGUUCGAGAGAAAGACCAAAAAGAUAAAUUGAAGGUUUUCAAGCCACCAAAACUGAAGGAAUCCUCCACAAACUGGGGAUUAAUGGGAUUCAUCUGCUGUUACUUCGUGGGAGUUGGAUCCAUAAUUCUGGGAGUUUAUGUGAGCUUCCUCCCUCACUUUGGAACGGAUCUCUUCGUCGGCCUCUAUGCUUUUGGAAACAUUUUUGCUCUUUCCAGCACUUUGUUUCUCGUGGGGCCAGUGAAGCAGCUGAAGAGGAUGUGCGACAUGUCCAGAGUAUUGGCCGCCCUCACCAUGCUUGCCUGCGUAGUUUUGACUCCCUAUGCAGCUCUAUGGUGGAACAGCUUCGGAUUUACUAUGCUGUUUUGCGCUUUGCACAUAUUGUCAUUUUCCUGGUACAGUCUGUCAUUCACGCCGUACGUCAGGAAGAUGCUGAAGAUGUUCUCUCUUGUCAAGCUGUGUAGAUCCGUGUGUUUUGGGAGGAAGGUUCGAGAUUCGCUGGGACGGGUUUCUUACUGAUAGAAAAUUCGUAACUUUUAUUUUUUUUUUUUUAAAUUACUGUGAUUCUAUUGAAUUAUUGAAUUAUUUUAAGCAAAUCUCUACACUGAUUCACAAGCACGGCAGAGGAGGGGUGAUGAUUUGGGUUUGUUUACGCCUCGUCAGCUGAUGAGAAUCUUGCUUCGCGGCAGACUUCCAAAGAACUGUGUUUUAUUUGUUUGUCCUGGAAGGCUCCCACAGCGAAUCCCUUCUGAUCAGUGGUUUAUACUCAGGUAUUUGUUUUGCUUUCUUUUUAGUGUCUUUCAUUCCGUCAGCAUGUUGGUCGAAUGCCUGGAGAACGUGGUAGCAAAACUACAACCAAAACAGUAAAAUGACUUCAGUGCCGCCGUUGCUAAAAACGGUUGUGAAGAACACAGUUUUGAUUUGUCCAUGAACUCACUCUGACGAUGUCAUCUUGGAAGUUUGAAAUAACGUAAAACUUUGAAAAUGUCACAUAAAAGUUGUUUGAGUGUCGUUUACAGAAACGUUCAUUUAUAUCUACUAAAUAAUCCCCCAAAUAAAUGAGCAAUUGCUAGACUCAAUUUUUGUAAAACUUUGUCAGAUUUUUUUCUUUUGUCUGCCUAAAUAAUGCAAGUUGUCGCAAAACCUGUCAUGCGACGAUGAGUGCUUGCGCUAUAUGUCGACUUAUUCCACUCAGUCUCCACAAUAAUCUAUGAAUAAAAGCCAUAAAAACAUUAAGAGUCUCUGAGGCAGAAAAGUAUCUUCGAAAUGUCUCCUACUGCCAAGCAA